GCCCCGCCCCCCGCCGGCUCCACUCCGCGGCUCCCUAGCCAUGGCCGGGAGCGGGCGGCUGGCGCUGCGGACCUUGCCCGGGCCGGGCUGGCUGCGAGGCUCGGGCCCGGCCGUGCUGAGCCGCCUGCGGGACGCAGCUGUGGUGCGGCCCGGCUUCCUGAGCGCGGCCGAAGAGGAGACACUGAGCCGUGAGCUGGAGCCCGAGCUGCGCCGCCGCCGCUACGAGUACGACCACUGGGACGCGGCCAUCCACGGCUUCCGAGAGACAGAAAAAUCGCGCUGGUCAGAGGCCAGCCGGGCCAUCCUGCAGCGUAUGCAGGCGGCUGCCUUUGGCCCAGGCCAGACCCUGCUGUCCUCGGUGCACGUGCUGGACCUGGAACCUCGGGGCUACAUCAAACCACACGUGGACAGCAUCAAGUUCUGCGGAGCCACUAUUGCCGGCCUGUCCCUGCUGUCACCCAGCGUCAUGCGGCUAGUACACACCCAGAAGCCGGGGGAGUGGCUGGAACUCCUGCUGGAGCCAGGCUCUCUGUACAUCCUCAGAGACUCAGCCCGUUAUGACUUCUCCCACGAGAUCCUUCGAGACGAAGAGUCCUUUUUUGGGGAGCGUCGAGUUCCUCGGGGCCGACGCAUCUCUGUGAUCUGCCGCUCCCUCCCUGAGGGGAUGGGCCCCGGGGAGCCCCAACAGCUGCCCCCAGCUGGCUGACCUCAAGCCCUUCCCCCAGCUUCUCAGAGAGCCCAUGUUUGUGAAUAAAGUUGGAGAAUGGACAA